AUGGAUCAGUGUGAGGACAGAGAGGAGGGAGUCCCUCCCUCUACAAGAUCUCUGUGUGGAGAAGAUGAGAACCAGAGCAAAGCUCAGAGGCCAGAGCAGCAGAACACACACUCUGCUGGACCUGGACCUGGACCUGGAUCCAGCUGUGUGUCCAUGAAGAGUGACUGGUCAAAAGAGUUACCUCUUCAUUUCAGACGAUCUGCAGAUGGAAGGAUCCAGCAGCAGAGACCAGACUGUCCUGAACCCAGCUGUCUGUCCUUCAAGAGCGACCAGUCGAAGGAUGAAGUCAUUGACUUUAAAGACGUCCGUCCAUUUGCUGAUCAGAUAGUGGAGCAGCAGAACUCAGAGGUUCCCAGAGCUCAGUCUGUCCAGCAGCAUCACCUGGACUCCAUAUUCAUGCUGCUGGAGGACAACAUGGUGACUUUUGUGAAGAAGGAGCUGAAGAAGAUGCAGAAGGUUGUGAGUCCAGAUUACCCAGAAUGCUCCUCAGAGAGUCAGAGGGAGGAUGAGGAGGCGUUGGAGGGUGAUGGUGAAGAUCAGAGGAGCAGCAGAGAGAUGUUUGAGCAGAUCACAGUGUUGUUCCUGAGGAGGAUGAAGCAGGAGAAGCUGGCUGACUGUCUGCAGAGCAGUAAGAGGAUUUGUGUAAAGACUGAAGCUGCUGAUCAACAGAACAUUUACUAAAGUCUCAGAAUAUCUUCACACAAUCAGUCUUUAGGGGACAAACUGUCACCUUCACUUUAUUGCUACUUUGGUGCUUUAAUAUCCAGGUUACUUCUACUUCACUCUUUCUUUCUUGUGUUUUCAUUCAGAACUUGCU